UCAUUUAACUUUUGCACUCUCGCUAGUGAUCACUGGCAUUUGCCUUUGCACUGAGGGGCGGUCAGCCUCUGUAAGCUCAUCUGGGACCCGUCUAUCAGGGCAGCAGCAUUUCUUGGGUGGAGUUCCUGCUCAGAAUGUGUGCUGUGCUUUUCAUUUGACUGCAGGUCUUGCUUUGUGCUGUGCAAUGCAGAGUGGCUUGGUAGUUGACUAGCAGCUGCUUGAAUAGACAGGGGAACGCUCAGUUGGGGACCAAAGAAUGUCCUCUAGAUUCUCCAGGGAGCCAGAAAAGGAGUGUAUUUCUUGUAAGGUCUUUUUUUUUAGGACACAUUUUGCUUUUGUUUUUAAAGAAAACCUGAAAUGCCUUCUGAGUAAAUAGGACUGUACAUCUUUAAAGCACCGAGAAGGGAUGGAAACUGCAGCUGAGAGAGAAUUCAGGAACAAGAAGCCACAAAAACGCAACCUGGGUGUGGUAUGAGUAAUAAACACUUAGCUCUCUGAAGGCUUUGUGGCUGCCACAAUCUCUACUUUUACUGGGAGCAACUUUGAUGAUCUGAAGCAUCGUCCUACCAGACAUGGAUACCUCAAAGCCUACGUACAAGAAGCCAGGCCUGUCGCAGAACAGGCUGAUCGGUUUGAUAGAAACGGAUGACAGCAUCCAGGAAGGUAGUUCUGCAGCUGGUAAACAGGGAGAAAAUAAAGGGGCCAAAGGAGGGAAGGAAAAACCGCCCCUGGAGACUCCUUACAAGAAAGAGAGCAGUGACUUUGAACCAAAAAUCAAGAUUAACUUGAAUUAUCGACCAGGACUUUCCAGCAACCAAAAGGACCCAAAUCGCUUUGAUAGAGAUCGGCUCUUUGGUGCUGUCUCGAGGGGUAACCGGGAGGAGCUGGAUGGUUUGCUUGAUUACUUGAGCAGGACUUCUAAAUUUCUCUCCGAUUCAAGAUAUACAGAUGCUGAGACGGGUAAGACCUGCUUAAUGAAAGCCCUGCUGAAUUUAAAAGAUGGGACAAAUCCCACUAUCCCACGGUUGCUAGAAAUAGACCAGAAGACUGAGAAUCCAAGGCCACUUGUCAAUGCUGCAUGCACCAAUAGUUACUAUGCAGGCCAGACUGCACUCCACAUUGCCAUAGAGAAGAGGCACCUAGAUUUAGUGAAACUGCUGGUAGAGAAUGGAGCCGACGUCCACGCCAGAGCCCAUGGUGAAUUUUUCAGGAAGAAGAAAGGAGGAGUGUGUUUUUAUUUUGGUGAACUUCCCCUCUCCUUGGCUGCCUGCACCAACCAGUUUGAUGUGAUAAAAUACCUCCUUGAUAACCCCUACCAGAAAGCCAGGCUCCAGGAACAGGAUUCCCUGGGCAACACAGUUCUCCAUGCCCUGGUGGUGAUCGCAGAUGACACCAAGCAGAAUACUGAGUUAGUGUGCAAGAUGUAUGAUGAGAUCUUAAAGGCAGGCACGAAGAUUAACCCAGCAGAGAAGCUCGAGGAGAUAGUGAACCAGGCUGGGUUAACGCCACUGAAACUGGCUGCCAAGAAGGGCAAAGUAGAGAUCUUCAGACACAUUCUCCAAAGAGAGAUCAAGGAUCCAGAGUACCGGCACCUGUCUCGCAAGUUCACUGAAUGGACCUAUGGACCCGUCCAUGUAUCUCUCUAUGACUUGUCCUCUGUAGAUAGUUAUGAGAAAAACUCUGUGCUGGAGAUCCUUGCUGAGAGCAGUGACACACCAAAUCGAUACAAGAUGGUAGUUUUGGAGCCGCUGAACAAACUGCUUCAGCACAAAUGGGACUCGUUCGCUGCCAGGAGAUUUUACUUAAGUUUUUUCUGUUAUUUUAUAUUCAUGGCCAUCUUCACGGUCCUUGCUUACCAUCGUCCCCUGCAGUUACAGUCUCCAUUUCGAGCAGAGUUCACAGCUGUCGGCUUCUUGCAGCUCACUGGACAGAUCAUUGUUUUCCUGGGAGGCUUUUAUCUCAUAAUUGCUCAGAUUCUGUACUUUUUGAGGAGAUGGCGGAACCUGAAGAAUGUGUUCUCUGAUGGCUGCAUUGAGGUCUUUCUCUUGCUCCAGGCAUUCUCGCUGCUGCUUUCAGCUGUGCUGUAUAUUGUGGGUUCAGAAGACUAUGUGCCGACGAUGGUAUUCUCCUUACUGCUGGGAUGGGUGAACAUGCUGUACUACACUCGGGGCUUCCAGUGGACUGGGAUCUAUUGUGUCAUGAUACAGAAGACUAUCCUGAGGGACCUGCUACGCUUCCUCAUGGUUUACGUGAUCUUCCUCUUUGGCUUUGCGGCAGCUCUGGUCACCCUCACAGGGGAUGCCCCUCCGGCUUCCCAGAACACGUCUGUUACCCCAGAGGACGGCGAUAAAGGCCAUGUUGUGUACAGUGGGCUGCUGAGCACUUCCUUGGAGCUCUUCAAGUUCACCAUUGGCAUGGGGGACCUGGAGUUCCAGGAGCACGUGAAAUUCAAAUACUUCGUCAUGCUGCUGCUGCUGCUGUUUGUGAUCCUGACCUACAUCCUCCUGCUCAACAUGCUGAUCGCCCUCAUGAGCGAGACUGUCACCAACGUCUCUGGUUACAGCAAGAGCGUCUGGAAGCUGCAGAGAGCCAUUGCCAUUCUGGAAAUAGAGAAGUCCUGGCUGUGGUGCCCAAGAAGGAGGCAGAGAUCUGGCUGCUUCUUGUCUGUGAGCCUUGAUGAUCAGAAAGAUAUGAGAUGGUGUUUCAGAGUGGAGGAGAUUAACUGGGCCAACUGGGAAAAGGAGCUGGGAGUCAUCAAGGAGGAUCCUGGGAACUCCAGAGACUUGGAAAUAGAAUCCCUAGUGAAGAGAGUGCGGGACAGGAUGUCACGGGGGCAAGCAAACGCAGCAGCACCGGAGGAGCAGUUGCCGUUACAACCAUUAGCCAGUGACUGAGAUGAGGCCACUAGAAGAGGACAAGCCAAGAGACUGUAGCAUGUUCUCGGCAUCGGGAUCCUGUUGUUGCUCCCAUCCCAAUGAAUUCUUCAUUCUGUGGUGCCACUAAUAUUGAGAUGGAAAAGUAAUCAGUAUUAACAUGUCUCAUCAAAGACUGUUUCAGUCUGUUGCUUUUAUGCAUACAAAGUAUUUCCUUUGAAGAAAUCAUUUCUGUUCAACUUCUUCUGCCUGAUACUUUCUUCCUACAAUGCUUAAAAAGAGGAUGUGUGUGUGAGAGAGAGAGAUUGGGGGGGUAUCUCCUGGAUGGACUGGCUUUGUAAUCUAAGCCUCAGGUUUGAAAUUUCUCUCUGGAAGCUUGGGUUAAACUUUCAGUUGGGUCAAUUUAGCCCUUCAUGCUGGUGAGACAGAAAAAUUUAGUUCCAUGCAGCUGUGUGUGUAGAUCUUUUGGAUGAUACUUUUCCAAGCACAGGCCCUAUCUGCUGUGUGCUGACAGGAUAAGAUACCAUGUACUUUUUAUGAGAACAGAAGUUUGUCCUAGUGUUUGUGGCCAAAAAUAUUUUCCCUUCUGCACUGUUAUCCUCGGUCCCAUAUUUGACUGCAUUUCAGGCAAUCUAUCUGGGACGUGCUUUGGAAUUAAAGGUGCAUAAAGCAUUGUUCAAA